AGACUGUAGCUGCAAGUACAGUAAAGGCGACUCAGCUCUCGGGACUGUAAACCAACGUUUACUGUGGAAACUUCAGGGCGUUUUAUACUGGUUUCAUGGCUCUCCUUACCAAUGUCACCAUCCUGCUGGUCCUGGUUUGUAUUUCCCAUCAGCUGGUGUUGAGCAGCUGCCAAAGGAGCCAAGGACGGAGGGGACGAGGAGUGGACAGAGGACAACGUAAGGACAGGCCAGGGCUGAGGGUGGGCCGCCAAUCCAAAUCUGACUCUGCACAACCCAUUAAGGGCAAAAUGGUUACCAAAGACAAGUUCCAGUGCACCUGGGCAGCAACAGGUGAGGACCUCUUCAUCCUUGGUGUCACCUGCAAGAAGGGGGGCAGGAGCUUCAGCUGUGAAUAUGUCGCCAGACCGGCUGUCUGUCCCCAGUACCAUUCCAAUGUCAAACUUUACUGGAAGCAAAUCGCCAGAGCUCUGAAGAAGCAUAAGAGUUUGUGCCAGGACAGCAGUCCAUUGGUCAGGGCAGGUGUGUGCAAAAGAUCUGCCAGAGAUGCUCAUUUCAGACUCCAUAAUCCUCAGAGGAAGACUGACCCACCUUCCGAUCCACAACCAGCACCCAGAGCUAUCAAAUCCUGUAAACCUGGUAACAAGAAGUUGGCUGAGGAGCACUGCAACGCCUCCUGGUCGACUUUUUGCACGUUCUUUUUUACUAUGGUGCAGGAUUAUGAUUGCUGAGACAGAAAAAAAAAAUCAUCUCUCUAUGCAGAAUACUUCUUUCUAGUAUUUCUCCACAUUGUUAACUGUGAUUCUAUCCCUCAAUUAUAAUUUUUUUUCUAUCUAUUCUUUAAUGAUUGCUCUAUGAUUGUCAAUUUGGGAGACAUUUACUGGGGUGAUAACUUGCUUUUUAAGAUAAUACUUAGAUUGUUUCCUGUAGCAUAACACAAUGUAAGCACAUAGCAUCUCAAUUUUUGUGUCUC